AUGGAUAAUAAUUCAUGGACAUCUGUCCUCGUGGACAAUCCGCUCGAAAAUGAAGACAAUCAAGAAAACAUUCCUUUUGGUGAACUUCAAAAAUCCCGCCGACCUUUGAAUCCGAUGGAACAAUGUGUCCGCUAUGAAAACCCACGAAAAACCAUGGUACUAUCCUCAAAGAAAAUGCUACCAAUAUGGUUUCUCUACGAAGAGAUAACAUAUAGAUUAGGCGCUAAAUUUAUGAUUGGUGGUGUGAAUGGUUUUGAUGUUGGUUUCUUCAUUUGUAGAUGUCUAACAUGUCCGUUUCGGUUAUACUGGACAAUACAUCCUUUAAAAAUAUUAAAACUCGGAGAAUUAUCUCGUCUGUUAUUUAUUUUGAGGUUAAGUUUAAUUAUGUUUCUUUUGUUGCACGGUAGCAGCGUCAUCUGGGGAUUGAUGAUUAUAACCUACAAACCUACUUUUCAAUAUCUAAACACUAACAUUUCUACUGUAUCUUCUUUUUCUGAAGGUUAUCCACUGGCUUUACACUUCAUAACCUCAAUUAUGACCGAAAACUCUCAUUCAGGUCCUCGGGAAUUACUCCCUAACAUUUUCAUCAUUGUUAUUUCAUUAGUAUUCUUAAUAUUUUUAUUAUACGCUAUGGCUUUUAUAUUUCUUGAUCGUGAACUACGAAAUAAACGACUUAUUAAACUCCAACACUUUACUCACACAUUAAAAAUCCACCUCAGACAUCGCGGAUUAUCAUCUUUGAUUCGUAAAGUAUCUGAAAAUCACGAAAACGUUGAAAUAAACAAAAAAUCAGUCGCAUUGGAUGAAUGCACAAGUAUCCUACAACAAGUCAACUGGGGAUUAAUACAAGACGUUUUAUUCGAUAUUAAUUUACCAGCGUUGAAAACCGGCGUGAUCCUAGGGGUUAAACACCCUCAUGCCGAUUGUUAUCUGCGUCAUUUGUCUAUAAAAAUGCGUAGGGAAGUCUACAACGCCGGCGAGACUAUCUACAUCGUAGGCAACCCAAUCGACAAAAUGGUUGUCUUAAUUGAAGGGCAUCUUGACAUCCUCGCGGAGGAUAAUAAAACAUCUAUGGUGUCACUUGAACCUGGUACUUGUCUAGGACAAAUCUCUUUAUUACUUUAUAUGAAAUGUAAAAGUACUAUUAGAUGCCGCACGCAUGUCAGAGUUGUAACUCUAACAAAAAACGCGUUUUUAUCAGCGACGUUAAAUUCAUUCCCGGAUGUCUAUCGGCAGAUAUUAAAAACAGUCAUAACCCAACUUCAAGACAGUCGAAUACGGAAUAAUACAAGAAUGAUGAAACCACCACAGUAUGAUAUAAACAUCGCAGAGAGAGCGAAUAAACAAUUAUACAAAGUGUGCAAGAUAAGCAGUAAUUUAGUAUCAAGAAAAAGCGCAAAAGUCAAGUCGAAAGUCGGUAAGGUAGAUCACGACCUAACCUUGAAUUCUAUCUGGAAUUGUAUGAUGGUUAUCGUCAGUGUCAUUGUCGCCAUUUUCUAUCCGUAUUAUGUGGCGUUCCAGAGAAAAUUCCCGAAUGAUUUUAAAUAUUUCGCUUUGGGUUUGGAUAUAUUAAUUGUCAUUGAUUUAAUUCUAACGUUGAUAACUUAUGAUAUGCCCAAAACUAAACAACGAGUGUUUUCAUGGAAUGGCCGUGCAUGUUUAACUCAUAUCUGGAAGAAACUAAACGAUUGGUCUUUUUAUCUCGAUUUUAUCUCAGCGAUAUUCCUGGAACCUUUUACUUAUACUUUACAUGGAUACGUAGAAGAUGAACAAAUAACUUUUUUAUUUUAUUUAUUGAAAUUGAACCGCGUCAUCAAAGUUUACAAGCUUUUCUACUUUGUAUGGUCGAUUAACUUCUCAAAUGACUUCUACAAACGUCUCAUCAUCCACACUCUAAGUUUAUUCUUUGUUAUUUACUACGGAGCAGUUGUUUUAUAUCUGGUGACAUGCUUCCAAGUAACUUGCUCUCCCUACGGAUGGUUUCGAAGACUUAGAAACCACGAAUUUCGUCUUGGUUUACAACAACCACGAACAGAUAAUCCAUUUUUAUGUUCUCUUCAUUAUUCAUUACUACAUGUGCAUUUGUUGACACUUAACCUACAAAUGCAGACGUCUUUGGAAUUAACCAUAACCAUGAUUAUGGUUUUAUUGGGUUUCGCAUAUUUUGGUUUCAUCUGUGUGGAUUUAGCAAGUUUACGAUUUCUACAACUCCAACAGUUGGUUUUUUACAAACGAGACUUGAAUGACAUGAAAAUCUUCUGCAGGAAACAUAAUAUUUUCAAUAAUUUAGAAGGGAGAUUGUUGGAUUAUUACCGGUUACAAUACAAACAUGAUCCUGGAUACUUCUAUCAGUAUAACUAUAGUAAUUAUAUAACUGUUUCAUUAAAAAAUGAGAUAUUAUUAACCGAUAGACUGGAAACCCUAAUGAAAAUCCCACUUUUGAAUACUUUGGGGAAGAAAUUCUGCAGAUUCUUAGCGUUGAAAUCAAAGAUUUACUUGAUGCCACCGGGAGAUGUCGUUACUUACCUCGGCAACAUGAAUAAAGAAAUGUUAAUCUUAUCUCAAGGAUAUUGUCGUGAUGAUCAAGGCGAUAUUAUCCACCCUUUACAUCCGAAUCUUACUUUAUCUCAAAAUCUACGACAAAGUGAAAAUUUAGAAGAAAAAGAAAAUACACAAACACAAAAAGAAAAUUCCGGUGUGGUUGGAAUGGCGUCCCUGUUAUUUAACCUUCCUGAAGGUCACACAGUGUUUACAAUAACACCCUGUGUGUUCAUCUCGGUUGAUGGCUCUGCUCUCCAGCAAGCAUUGAGAUAUUAUCCUAGAUUAAACAAUAUCUUAUCACACGUGUUGAAAUCAUCCGCUUUUAUGGAAGCAUCUCGUUUUUCUCUUGAAUUAUCUCCUUCCUCUAAAGAUAAAACCGAAGAAAAUAAUUUAUUCAUCAAGUUAAAGAAGUUUAUCACUCGAAGAUCAUUUAUUAAUGUUUUGAAUUACUGCAUGGUAAGAAAAGAAGCUUAUGGUGAUCCAUUGAGAAGUGAAGAAUUGGCUUCUAUGCGAUUCUGUAUGAUUCCCAUCAGUGUUGAUCCUCGAGGUGUUUUCUUUUACACUUGGGUUGUGUUAAGAGCUGCUGUUUCGUUUAUUAUCGGAAUAACUACCCCGUUAAUGUUGAUAUAUUAUACAAGUCACUUUGAGGGACAUUUUAUGUUGUAUUUGAAUGUAUUUUGUGAUGUUGUGAUUAUCUUAGAUUGUUUUUUGUUGUGUUAUUUGGCACAUGAGAAAAAGAAUGGGAUUUUAGUCGUGCAUCCGUAUAAAACAUUUCUGAAUUACGGUGGACGUGGGAUGUUGAUUGAUUGUAUUCUUAUGGUUCCUGUGGAAUGGUUUUAUUGGAUGUCUUUUGAUGAUGCAAGGGGUUUUGCUUUGAUUAGACUGUUGAAAAUUGUGCAGGUUUAUAAGUAUUUUGUGAUUUUAUUGAAACCGAAACGAUUGGAGAUGAGACGUUUGACUAGGAUUAUUGAAGUUGUUAAAUGUAUUUCUUGGAUGAUUUUCUUGGUUAAUACAGGGGCUUGUUUGUUGAUUAGUUUGGAAUGUGUUCCUGUACGUGAGAAAAACAGAGCGUUUUUAUCUUGUGAUGAAGAUAGUUGGAUUAUGAGAAGUGGGAUUUUUCAAAGUGAAUAUUUUCAUGGUUUGCUUCUUCCUUUGAAAAAAGUUUAUUUGUUGUCGUUUUUCUGGACGACUUGUCUAAUGUUUGGUGUGGAUUUUGGGCAUUUGCAACCCCAAGGUGGAUACAAUUUGAUUGUUAUUAUUUGUAUACUUGUGGUUGGUUUGUUUCUGCGUGGGUAUAAUUUAAAGUCGAUUAUUUCACAUUUUGUGGUGACUUUGAAUGAGAUAAAUAAUAUUCUGAGGAUGAUUGAGUAUCAGCAGAUGAUGCGACAUCUUGAGAGGUUUUUGGAGAGUGAAGAACAGAUUGAUGCGAAUAUUAAGAAGAAGUUUAAAGAUAAUGCGAUUUAUUUUUGGCGGAUUAAUCGUGGAGUUGAUACUACUGGUUUAUUAGCAAGAUUACAUACGACGUUGUUGCAAGACACUUUGUGUUAUUUAUACGAAGAUGUCCUGGAACAAGUGCCGUUGUUUAGGAAUAUUGAAAGGGCUUUUUUGAGAAUUUUGGUUUUGAUUGCUAAACCUGUACAUUUUAUGCCUCAACAAGUUAUUAUCAAUCAAGAGGAUAUUUGUGAACAUUUUUAUAUUGUUUUUGAUGGAAUGGUGCAUAUUGAGUUGGCACGAUCUUCUUAUCAAGUAGAUAUAUCAAGAGGAAGUAUUUUUGGGCAUUUUUCAAAGGACAGCACUCCUGUGAUGUCUAUUGUUGCUACUACCGUGAAUUAUGUUCAUUUGUUAUCAUUUAAAUCGAUUGAUUUCUUUAAUAUUCUAAAGAAUUAUGCGAAGUUUGAUAUUGAAUUAAAAAGCGUCCUGAGUGAAUAUAAAGAUUUCAUGCCAAAUCGCCAAGUAGAAGAUGGUGAAGAAAUUUAUUUUACUGAAAAUUGGAAAACCGAGACACCAGUUAAACAAAAAUCUGGGCUGAUAUUCCAACGUGUUGGUUUUACAAAACAUUCGAUAAGAUAUUGUCAAUGUUAGCAUUCUUGAACGCGUUGAUAAUACCGUUGAAUAUUUUACUGCAUCACCAGAUAAUUCUAUGCAUAAUAAUACUAAUUGAUGUUGUAUUUACACUCGCCUUCGGUUUAGAAUUCAUUAAACCUUAUUACAAUGACGAUGGACAAUUGGUAACGUCACUUAAAGAAAGAAGAAAGCGAAAUCUCAGUGGAUAUUGCAAAUAUUUACGACUUUUUGAACUUCUCUGCAUAAUUAUCAUCAUUUUGUCGUACUUUAUGUACUAUUAUCCUUUGAUUCCAUUGAAAUUAAGCACUGAUAGAAACAAUUUUGCUUAUUUACGAAUUGUGGCAUUGUAUAGAUGUCACUACAUCAGUAAACAAACAUUUGAAGACAUAGAAAAUGAUUUAUUCCUACCGAAAUUAAGUUAUAUUAUUAUUUGCUUGGUAAUUGUGCUUCAUUGGACAGCUUCCGGUUGGGUUAUAAUAGAAGAAUAUGAAAAUAUAAAUAAAAAUGAUGAAAAAGCAAGCAAAAUAAGUGAAAAUAGAAAUAUUAUGGUUAAAUAUGCAGAGGCAUUAUUAUUAAUGGUGAAUUUGUUAACCGGAAGUGUAACCAUUCGAAAAAUAUUCCACAAUCAAUGGGAGCAAGCAUUAAUGGCGGUGUAUAUUUUCGCAUUCAUUUUAUUCCGAUGUUUUCUCAUCGCCAAAAUGAUUGCUUGUUUAUAUAUCAAGUUAAAAUCUACUUUGGCGUUUAAUUAUAAACUGCAUCAACUGAUAGCGUAUCUGCAAACAAGUAAUAUUAAUUUUUAUCAAGUGAAAAUACUUACUACGUAUUUAAUUGAGAUGGAAAAACGUGAAAUGGGUAAAAAUUUUCCGGUUUUGUUAACUCUAUUCCCUUCUCCGUUGAUUAACGAAUUGAAAUUUAUUCUGUACCGGUCAUUAUUGGAGAAAUCUUAUGUGUUCUUCGGCACACAAACGAACUUUUUACGGAAUGUCGCUGUGCAAUUACGACGAUCUGUUUAUUUCCAAGGGGAUGUGAUAAUUCAUCAUGGAGAAAUAAAUAAGUGUAUGUAUUUUAUACGUAAAGGCACAGUGGAGAUAGUUUCCUUGAAUGUGGAUCAUAGUGAAACACGCCAUGAUGUUUUGCGGGCUGGGGAAAUGUUUGGCCUGGUGCAGGGAUUGUUUCGGCAUAAUGUCCCGCAUCAAUUUAUGUUUAAAGCUUUGAGUGAUGCGGAGAUUUUGGCGUUGAGAUUGGAUCAUUGGGAGCAUUUAUUAAGGCAUUUCCGAGGAGUAAGGAGAUUAUUUAUAAUCGAAUUCGAAAUGCACAAGCAAUAUAAAUAUUAAUAUUAAUUCAUUGUGUUUUGUUUAAAUUUUUUUGUGAGUUGUUGAGAUAUGCAACGUAAACUGCUUUGUUUUACUUUUGUUUGCAAUCCAGUAUGCACAGAACGUAACAAUUGUUGCCUAUACUUGAAAAUUCAUAACUUUAAACAGACAGAUGCCGUUUUUAUUCGUUGUUUGUUAACUUUUUGCGCAAUUUUAUGUAGAUCAAUAUUAAUUAUUAAUAACCGUAUCAAAAAUGCACCAGCAUCAUAAAUAUUACUUCAUUGUUCAUUGUUUACUGUGUAAUCUUUACAUUCUUUGUGUGGGUGGCUGAAAAACAUACAAAUAUAUCCUAAAAUCAUUAAAAGUGCACAAACAACAAAAUUAAUUUAAUCUUUAUUGUUUUUUGGUACAUUCUUUCGGUGGAUUAUUAAGAAAUGCACAAACAUAACCCAAAAAGUUUUCUUUUGCUUUUGUCUGCAACCCAGCGCGCACCCAACCAUUGUUGCCUAUAGCUGGAAGUUGAUAAAUCGGCGGAUAGAUGGCUUUAGUUUUGUAUCCGUUGUUUGCUAACUUAUUACGACCCUCGGCGCCUUUUGCGCACUUUAUUAUAGCAUCAUACGGUAAACCAUUACUAUCAGCGCACUAAAAAUAAUAAUUUAUAGGUUAUAAUAGGUUAUAACUGCUUUGCUAUAUAAUAACCCUACUUUUUUAAUAUUUUCUUCCGUAAUAACUCUGCUGUUCAUCAUACACGUUGCAAAAUCAACGUGGAUUUGUUCAUCUGUAGUUUGAUCGAAUGCGCAGGUAUGAAUAACAUUUGCGCGGUAACUAUCACUUCCCGGAAGCAUAUCGCCCAAACACCAUGGCACCAACUCCAGAAUUAUUCUACUGGCAAUUGCUGGAUACGAUUUGAAUAAUUGUUGCGUGAUAAAAUCAGAACUUGCGUUGCCAGCAGCGUCGUAAUACACGGAUAU